AUGCGGCAGGCUGACGUCGAACCGCCAUGGCCUUCGAUGGUGAUCGAUUCCUCGGUGCAAAGUAACUCCAGUAACUCCUCCCACCACGGCGAUUCCGGAAAACCCGGCGAUAAGAUACAGGAAUGGUCUUCCCUCAUUGGCAUUAUCACAGCCAUUGUAGGCAACAUACUGAUCGCUCUUGCGCUCAAUGUCCAAAGAUAUGCUCACAUUCGGCUGCAUAAGCAACGAAGCAGGAAUAGAAGGAGAGCCAAGGAAGCCAUGAAACACGCCCAAGUUGGAGACCAUGGAGGUUCAUAUGGUACCAUCGACGGCGAUGGUCAUGGGAAUGGAUAUCAAAAUGGCCACAGGACAAGCACAGAUGAGCAACAUCAUACCAACGAGAGCCGCGAAACAGAUCCUUUAACUGGGUCCUUCCAUUCUGCAGCGUCUGAAAGCUCUAGCAGCAAGCACGACGAAGACGAGACGUCAUCUUCGUAUCUCAAAUCGCCUUACUGGUGGCUUGGUCAAGUCCUCAUCACACUCGGAGAGAUGGGCAACUUUCUAGCAUACGGGUUUGCCCCUGCUUCAAUUGUCUCUCCGCUUGGUGUUGUUGCACUGAUCUCAAACUGCAUUAUUGCGCCUGCCAUGUUUCAUGAAAAGUUUCGUCAUCGCGAUUUCUGGGGUGUGGUUAUUGCCGUGGGUGGUGUCGUUACUGUUGUUCUAAGUGCAAAGCAAGAGGAGACCAAACUGAACCCUCAUGAUGUAUGGGACGCCAUCACUACAUUGGCUUUCGAGAUAUACCUGGCAGUGACGAUCUUCCUCAUUGUGUGCCUUAUGUGGGCAAGUCCUAGGUAUGGGAAGCGCACGAUUCUCAUUGACCUAGGACUGGUCGGCUUGUUUGGUGGUUACACUGCUCUUGCAACCAAGGGUGUCUCUUCGAUGUUGUCUUCCACCUUGUGGCGUGCUUUUACAACUCCUGUUACAUAUGUCCUCGUCGUGAUUCUUCUCGGAACGGCUGUCAUGCAGAUUCGUUAUGUCAACAAAGCACUGCAACGAUUCGACUCGACUCAGGUUAUUCCGAUCCAGUUCGUUAUGUUUACGCUUUGUGUGAUCAUAGGCAGCGCCGUGCUCUAUCGCGACUUUGAGCGCACAAACGCUGAACAGGCGACAAAGUUUGUUGGAGGUUGUUUACUUACCUUUUUUGGCGUCUUUCUCAUUACUAGCGGACGUGAGCAGAGCCAUGAUGAUGACGAUGUUCUGUCCGAAGCCGGUGAUUUUGAGGACACCAUUGGCCUUGCAAACCAGGAUGGCAACACUGCGCCAACAUACCAAGAUGGUCAGGGAUUCUCCACUCCCAAGUCGCAAUCACGGCGGUCUAGUCAUCUGUCGAAUUUCAAUCACUCUGAUGCACAUAGAGCUUUACUGUCCGCUGUCACACCGCAGCACGAAAAUAACAUGCCAUCGGCCAAGGCUAUGAGUUCACAAAGGUCUCCGGGUCAAGAGACUCUGGCUUCUGGCUUUCCUUGGGAUGACUUUGGAGGGCCUUCAACACCACCGGGAAGAGGCGUUAGGGCGUACUCCACUGAUUCGGUGCUUGUUGGGCCGGGUGCUGCGUCUGCAGCAGCGUUUGCUUCUCACCCUACGACGCCGCUGAGAGAACCUAUGGCGAGUGACGGGUCGCUUCUCCCACGUACACUGGCUAGCCCUACUAAGCCCAGUGGUUCUGGUAACCGAUCUAGAACUUUUAUCUCUCCAUCUCCCCUCUCGUCGACAGUCACGGCUGUGGUCAAGGAUGCCUUCCUGCGGGCGUCCGACGAUCCUCGUAUGCGCCAGUCUUCAAUGCGUCGCAUACGUUCCACCAUACGUGCUGGACUGUUCUUUAACGAAGACGGUGAGAACGCAGAUGCCGGGAGCAACACCCAAUCAAAUAUAUUGCCGACGGGUUCAGCGGUUCCCGCGUCAGUGGAAAACCUCCCAAGCACAGUAGAGGAAGAGGAAGGUUCCACUGCGGAGGUUGACCAGACGCGUCGAAGAUCACGAAGUGUUAGCGAUACAUUAGGCGACUUUUUUGGCGUCAGGCGCAAGAAGCGCUAUGACAGCUAUUUUGCGGGCGAUGUUGAAGACGGAACAGUGGGAGGAGCUACCCCCGGUCACGAUCGUGUAGAUCUUUAG